CUGCGGCAGGGCAAAAGGUUCUGGGGGUUCUGCGCGAAUAAAUGUUGGCCGACGAGGCAGAAGCGCGUAAAGCUGCCUGGGGCCGCGUUGUAAAGUUGCUGUGAGAAGUACUAAAAUAGUAAUCGUGUUGUGAAAACCCUGGCGCGUGCUCCCAUAUUUGUUAUUGCUAUAUGUUCAGUAAGCCCCUUGAAGGCGAAUUGGCGAGUCGUUCACCAGUCGAGACUGCUUCAAGUGCAGCGUAAGGCUGAGGGAUCCAUGUAAUAAGCAACGCCUAGUUUGAAAUGGAAGACCUGCACCAGCCGUUCUCCCGACGUCCGCGAAAACAGUCACUGUCUGCAAUAAUUGAAAGAAUCGUCCUGGAGAAACAACGUCGGAGGCAAAAUGACAUUUUCGAACGGCUUGAGCUUCAGAAUAAUGGUAAAGUUUUUCCCGAGACGUGCGAGAUGAAUGAGCCUGUUGAUGCUUCACGGACCGAAUCCAUCGCGAAAGCACUUCCCUCGGAGUUGGAUGACCAGGCAACAGAGUCACCACAUCAGAAGUCAAAGCCAACCCCACCACUGCCGGACACACAGGAGGAGAAUGAGGAAGCAGACGAUGACGAGGAUGCUGACGGGAAGGAUGAUGUCACAACUGAUCCAGAACGACUCAAGGCAUUCAACAUGUUUGUUCGUCUGUUUGCCGACGAGAGCCUGGACCGCACGAUCCCGAUCAGCAAGCAGCCCAAAGAGCGGGUGCAGGCCAUCAUGGAGUCGUGCAUGCGUCAGUUUCCGGAGUUUGGCGACAGGGCUAGGAAGCGUCUGCGUACCUACUUAAAGCCGGCGAGCAGCUGGGAGGGUACGCCGGCCGCCAGAGAGCCGCCGCCGCCGGUCACCGGAGCCCUCUACCGGCCGAACGUGGAGCAGCUGCUGCACCAGCUUCUGCGGGACCCGGCCAGCCCCGGCCAGCCGCCCGCCAGCAGUACCCCCGGAGAGCUAUUCUUCAGGAGGCCACCGCAGCUCCAGCUGUCGGCGGCAGAGGUGACUGCCGUGCGCCAGCUGGCGAGUGGCUAUCGUGAGUCGGCCAGCUUCCUGCGUCGCUCGGCGGAUGAGCUGGAACUACUGGUGCAGCGGAAUGGAACAUAG